AUUCUCCGCAGCAACUUGGCUGGGUGGCUGACGGGCGGAGAGCGCCCUUCAUUAUGGACUCCGCCUGAAACAGGCUUCGGCCUCUCUGCGUCGGUCUCGGUCUUCACUUCAGAAACCUGCAGUCAAUCACGAGUCUUAUGAGGAGUUUCUCGGUGCUGCCUUCAGCGCAGCAGAGCGUCGACGCACCAACGCGAAUUGCAUUAACAUGCUGCUGUCAAUAGGAAUGUUAAUGUUGUCUGCCACUCAGAUUUACACCAUUCUCACGGUUCAGCUGUUUGCUUUCUUAAACCUAUUGCCUGUGGAAGCAGACAUUUUAGCGUUUAAUUUUGAAAAUGCAACGCAGACAUUUGAUGACCUACCAGCGAGGUUCGGCUACCGACUGCCAGCAGAGGGCUUGAAGGGUUAUCUGAUCAGUUCAAAACCCGAGAAUGCCUGUGAGCCUAUAACCCCUCCACCUCUGAAGGACAAUUCAUCCCAUGAAUUCAUUGUAUUGAUCAGAAGACAUGAUUGCAACUUUGAUACCAAGGUUUUGAAUGCACAAAUAGCUGGCUAUAAGGCAGCCAUCGUUCACAAUGUUGAUUCCGAUGACCUCAUUAGCAUGGGAUCCAACGACAUUGACAUUUUAAAGAAGAUUGACAUUCCUUCUGUCUUUAUUGGUGAAUCAUCAGCGAAUGCCCUCAAAGAAGAAUUCACCUUUGACAAGAGAGGCCACAUUGUGUUAAUCCCAGAGUUCAGCCUUCCUUUGGAGUACUAUUUAAUCCCAUUCCUAAUUAUUGUGGGGAUCUGCCUCAUCCUUAUUGUUAUUUUUAUGAUCACAAAAUUUGUCCAGGACAGACACAGAGCAAGAAGAAAUCGGCUUCAAAAAGAUCAGCUUAAGAAGCUUCCUGUACAUAAGUUCAAGAAAGGAGACGAGUAUGAUGUUUGUGCCAUUUGUCUGGAUGAAUAUGAGGAUGGAGACAAGCUCAGAAUCCUUCCAUGCUCUCAUGCAUAUCACUGCAAGUGUGUGGAUCCUUGGCUGACUAAAACCAAGAAAACAUGCCCUGUGUGUAAACAGAAAGUGGUCCCUUCCCAGGGGGAUUCAGACUCCGACACCGACAGUAGUCAGGAAGAGAACGAAGUCUCGGAGAACACCCCGUUGCUUAGGCCACUUGCUUCAGUUAGCACUCAGUCCUUUGGGGCGGUGUCAGAGUCUUACUCCCAUCCAAACAUGACAGAGUCUUCAGACUACGAGGACAACGAUGAUGAAGAGGAGAAUGAAGAUAUCGACAGUAGUGAUGUGGAGAACGGAGUGACUGAAGAGAGUGUAGUGGUCCAACUACAGCCCAAUGAGGAACAGGAUUAUAGAGUUGCAAAUACUGUCUGAACUUCAGAACUGCAAAACGAUUUGGUGUUAUAUGAACUCCUCUGUCCAGAGAGCUCAAUUUUAUGUAUGCAUACAUAGGGGAAGCACAUUGUGACCCACCAGUUGCUUCGGUAGAAGCAGCUGUUCAUAUAGUGUUCUGUAUAGUUUACUCUCAUUACAGGUUUCCUUUUGUUGUUUGUUCAUUCAUAUUUGUCUUUUGAAGACAAGCAUUUUAACUGGACUUCACAAUGGUAAUGAGUCACAAGGGGCACUCCCUUCUAGAGAUACUGCACACAACAAAAGGGAUGCUGUUUCAGAUGUCAGCAUCUUGUUAAAAUGGGGUCUAGCCAAGACAGUAUAUACUUUUUCCUGCUUAUGGUAUGUAGGUAAGCAGAAGUUAUAUUGACAGUUAUUUAUUACAUGUAAGGAAAGUGCUACCCCACAGACCCAACCAAAAAGUAUACUGGUGUGUCUGAGGGCUUUCCCCAGAACAGUCAAUACCACUAAAAGGAAAAGGUAGGCCUGUUUAGUAUUCAUCUAUCAAAUGCAUCUCCAGCAGAAAGGGGGACAGGGGAGGCUUUGAUCUCUAUAGUUUGGCUGUCUUUCCAGUAAUCCUAUUGUGCUUGCCAGAGCAGCUAAAAGUGGUGAAGGAAAUUUCAGCAUCAUUUAGGCUUAAACAUCUCCUGAGGAAAAUAAUCAGGAUAACUAUGUAUUUGUUGGCACACUCCGCUAAUAGCAGCUCAUCUAUCUCUUAAGACGGGUGGAGGAACCAAAGCAGAAACGCAAUACCAAGCCACACCACACCACGCCACAUCUAGAAAUACUGAAUUGUAGUACGCGUACUAUGGUUUCCCAAGUCACAUACCUCUUAAUACAGAGCAUAUGAUAGUCUGCUAAAACUAUGCACAUAGAGAAACCAGACGUUUCAAGUAUUGGAUUGAAAAUGAGUGCUUAUAAAUAACUUAACAGGAUUCUACUUAACAGUGUAUCAUGAAAAAGCUAAAUUAUAAAAUACUUGUAACUAUGUAGAAAGUAACCACACUCCUGUAUAAUCAAACUGCAGAGGGUUUUUUAUAUAUAUAUAUAUGGCCUUGUAUAGGGAAGUUUGAAAGAAUGUUAAUAAACAUGUUUUCCACUUUAA